UAAACACGUAGAUUUUUCCGUUCUUCUUCGCGAGUUUUUCCCCAAAAAAAGGCGUACUUUUUUUUCCUCGCUUCGUGAUCAGAGAACGCAGUGAUCAGAUUCGGACGAGAUCUUUUCCCCUGGUUUUGAAAUUUAGAUUUCAGCUACGUGGGGUUUAGUUGGAAUCUGCUGAAGGAGCAUUCACGUUGAGCUCGAACAAGCUAUUUGGAGUGAGGUUGCUCUGAUGGGUUUUUUCGACGGUUUGCCUGUUCCCCCAGAUAAAGCAUACCUGAGGGAAGAGCUGGCAAGAAUAGAUGAGAGUUGGGCCGCUGCACGGUUUGACUCGUUGCCUCACGUGGUUCAUAUCCUAACAUCAAAAGAUCGUGAAGGUGAAGUUCAAGUUUUAAAGGAGCAAAGUGAUGUUGUCGAGGAGGUUGUGGAUGAAGUUGUGCAUUCUUAUCACGGUGGCUUCAACAAGGCCAUCCAAAACUAUUCCCAGAUAUUACGGUUAUUCAGCGAAUCUGCUGAGAAGAUAACAGAGUUGAAGCGCGACUUGACAGAUGCAAAGAUGAGCGUAGGUGCCCGCAAUAAACAAUUACAUCAGUUGUGGUACCGGUCUGUUACACUGCGACAUAUCAUCUCACUUUUAGAUCAAAUUGAGGGCAUUGCUAAGGUUCCAUCUCGUAUUGAGAAGCUCAUUGCUGAAAAACAGUUCUAUGCUGCUGUUCAAGUGUAUGUUCAGUCGUCGCUGAUGCUUGAGCGCGAGGGCCUUCAAACGGUUGGUGCUCUUCAAGAUGUCAGAUCUGAGCUUACUAAGCUGCGGGGAGUCCUUUUCUUCAAAAUUUUAGAUGAUUUACAUGCACAUCUAUAUAAUAAAGGUGAAUACAGUUUAGUUGCAUCGAGCAUAUAUGAAAGAGAUGAUGAGGUACCAACAACAACAGCUGUUGCAGCUACACGAAUUAGUUCGCAGCCAUUGUCACGUAGAACACGGACACUGAAGGGUGAUAGCCAGUUUGGUGUUAACGGGCUCAUGAAUGGAUCAUAUAAAACAACUUCUGUUGAUGAAGGUUCAUCACUUGAUGGGCAUGAUGAAGAGGGCUCUGUAGAGCAUGAUGAGGCUAUCCCAGAUGGACACAUUGUCAGGAAUGGCGCCGAUAAUAAAUUCCCAACUCAUCAACUUCCACCUUGGCUUUCUGAUUCCACCCCCGACGAAUUUAUUGAGGCAAUAGGAAAGAGUGAUGCUCCAGUUCAUGUGAAGUAUCUGCAGACCCUUGUUCAGUGCCUCUGCAUGCUUGGAAAGGUUGCAGCUGCAGGUGCUAUAAUAUGUCAAAGACUUCGGCCCACAAUUCAUGAGAUCAUAAUAUCAAAGAUUAAAGCUCAUGCAGAGCUUGCAAGUUCUUCAAAGUGCGUCGCUAGUCAGGGUGAUCGAACUUCAGUAGCAGGGCUGCAUCUUAUCAAAGGACAGUUAGAGGGCUACAGAGCAUUAAAAGAGAAACAUCAAAACGGGAAGUCAAAUUCAGGAACUCUCCUGGCUGUGAGCCCCGUUUCACCUCUGAUGGCUCCUGCAGGCAAAGCGCAGGCUACAGCAAGAGAACUUCUUGACUCAAUUUUGGAUACUGUUGUUAAGAUAUUUGAAAAUCAUGUUGUCAUUGGAGAGCUUUUAGAAUUGAAGUCGGCCCAACAUGACAUUAACACACCAAAGUCAUUGCCCACGGAUGUAAAUUGGAACCCUGAUUCUGAAGCAUCACAAGUUACUGGAGGCUACACUAUCAGCCUUCCUUUGACAGUCUUUCAGAGUGAAUGUCAACAACUGAUAUGUGAGAUUCUACGAGCAACUCCUGAAGCUGCAUCUGUAGAUGCUGCUGCACAAACAGCUAAACUUGCAAGCAAGAAUCCUGGUAAAGAGAAAAGAGACGCAUCUGAAGAUGGUCUGACAUUCACUUUUCGCUUUACUGAUGCAACUGUAUCAAUUUCUAACCAGGGAGUCGAUCUCAUCCGUCAAGGCUGGGGUAAGAGAGGUUCAAAUGCAUCACAAGAAGGUUAUGGAUCUGCUGCAGUUUUACCUGAACAAGGCAUAUACCUAGCUGCCUCUGUUUACAGGCCUGUCCUUCAGUUCACAGAUAAAAUCACUUCAAUGUUGCCCAGAAAGCAUUCCCAGCUUGGGAAUGAUGGACUGCUCACAUUUGUGGAGAACUUCGUGAAGGAUCAUCUGUUGCCAACGAUGUUCGUGGACUACAGGAAAGGUGUCCAGCAAGCUAUAUCAAGUCCAGCUGCAUUUCGGCCCCGUGCGCAUACAACCACCACUUACACCCCAAUUGUAGAAAAAGGUCGACCUAUCUUACAAGGUCUUUUGGCGAUUGAUCUCCUUGCAAAAGAGGUUCUCGGCUGGGCUCAAGCCAUGCCCAAGUUUUCUGCUGACCUUGUGAAGUAUGUUCAGACUUUCCUUGAGAGAACAUAUGAGAGAUGCCGGACUUCAUACAUGGAGGCGGUUCUUGAGAAGCUUAGUUAUAUGCUCAUUGGGAGGCAUGAUAUUGAAAGGUUGAUGCGACUUGAUCCAGCUAGUGCAUGUUUGCCAUCUCUCCGUGGCCAAUCUAUUUCUCACUCUGAAGGUGCUGACACCGAACUGGAGCUCAGUGAACUAUUCUUGGGUUUGCGGCCUAUUAAGCAGGAUAAUCUAAUCCGUGAUGACAACAAACUGAUUUUGUUAGCCUCCCUUAGUGAUUCACUAGAAUAUGUUGCAGACUCAAUUGAGAAGCUUGGACAAGCAGUUCCUCUUUCAGCUAGUCAAGCAGAGGGUAAUAGCAAAACAGCUCCCACUAGGAAUCUAGCGUCAUUUGCUGAUGAGUACAGAAAACUUUCCACUGAUUGUCUCAAGGUUUUACGUGUUGAGAUGCAAUUGGAAACAAUCUUUCAUCUGCAGGAAAUGACAAAUAGAGAAUACUUAGAGGAUCAAGAUGCUGAAGAACCGGAUAACUUCAUAAUUUCUCUCACUGCACAGAUAACACGUAGGGAUGAGGAAAUGGCACCUUUCAUUUCUGGAGAGAAGCGGAAUUACGUUUUCGGUGGCAUUUGCGGAAUUGCAGCAAAUGCUUCAAUUAAGGCUUUGGCUGACAUGAGAUCGAUAAACCUUUUCGGGGUUCAACAGAUAUGCCGGAAUUCUAUUGCACUCGAACAGGCUCUGGCUGCCAUUCCAUUUAUUGAUGGUGAAGCUGUACAACAGAGAUUAGAUCUCGUCCGCACUUACUUUGAACUGCUAAAUAUGCCAUUCGAGGCACUGAUCGCCUUUGUAGUGGAGCACGACCAAAUGUUUACAGCCACAGAGUACUCCAACCUUUUGAAGGUGAAUGUACCCGGAAGAGAGACUCCUCCCGAUGCUCAAGCUCGCCUCUCGGAAAUUCUUUCUCACUAACAUUCUCCCGAGCAUAUCGAAUGAAUACAAUCUAAGAGGAGGUGGUAGCUUUCGCAAACAACGGAAACACCAACAAGCUUAUGCAUCUCAAUCUCAGGAUACAAUAUAAGGUGCAUAAGUAUAAUGGUGAGAACCAAGACAAGAGGGCAAAGUCAUGAAGCCUAUAAUCCUUGAAAGCUUAUUAUAUAAUUUCAUGUGUAUGAUGAUUGUGAUCGAAGUCUGGGUUUUGUGGGUAUUUCCAGUUUUCAGUAUUAUAUUUCAUUUGUCUGUCUGUGUAGCGUUUGCUUUGCCUUUUGUUUCCUCUUUUCUUUUUUCUUUUUUAAAUGUUUCUAUAUUUGCGUGUAUUUCUCGAGAGCUCGUCUUUGUUCAAAUUCUUUGGUAAAGAGAUUUCUUGUAAAUUUUCCUAA